AUGGUUGAAUUCUUACGUACUACUAUCAUAUUUACUGUAGUCGUCUUGGUUUUUACUUUGACUGUACAAGCUCGAGGUGUUCCAUCAAUACGAUGUCUUCAUGAAAAUGAAGUAUAUACUUCAUGUGGUACAGCAUGUCCACUUACUUGUAAAGAUGUUGUCAGUAUGAAUCUUCAUCGACCAUGUACACUACAAUGUGUAGUAGGUUGUUUUUGUGAAAAAGGUUAUGCACGUGAAACUGAAGAAUCUAAUAGCCGUUGUAUCAAAGUUGAAGACUGUUUUGAAAUUGAUUAA